AUGUCGUCAGAUAAAUCACGCAUUAUAUUUACAAUAGUUUUACUCAGCUUACUUAAUAAAGCUAACUAUAGCAAAGUAGUAAAAGCUGAUUUAAUGCAAGACUUUAAACCUCUAUAUGAACAAUAUAAUAGUGAAUGUUUAGCUAUAGUUUGGCUUAACGUAAAACAAAUUAAUAACACUUUUCAGUUAUUGGAACGCUUAUUGUGGCGAAGACAUUUUAAGGAUAUAUUAUUGAUAUAUGAAAGAGAAUACACAGAGAAGCUGUUAGACUUUAACAGCCAGCUAUUACAAAUAUUUCAAAAUUGCUGGUCCAAAGGUUUUAUAUCGGUAUUAUUGUGGUCACAACAGCACCUGUACACCUAUCAUCCUUAUCCCCAUAUAAAAGUUCGGCAACUCAGUAAUGUUGGACAAUUCUGGGAUAAAACUCAUUUAAAUAAUUUUCAUCAACGUCCGUGCCUUUUACCUUUCUUUCAGUUUCCCAAUCAGUGCUAUUCGUAUAGAAAUCGUCAAGGUCAACUGAUUCGCACCGGUUACUUCUACAAAUGGUUACAAUUAUAUUUACAAUACUACAAUGCCACCAUCGAACAUUAUUCCAUCGAUGUAUGGUCGAGUAAUGUCAGUCAAAAGGAGAGUUUAGAAGCCCUUACAGAAAUGGGCUUCUGUUUGAUACCAAUAUAUUUACUCAAAUUUAAGGAUUAUUUUGACACUAGCAAUGUUAUGCAUUUGAGUAAAGUAACACUAAUGGUACCUAAUGCCAGAGAAAUAACAUCUAGUUUAUAUCUGAUAUUGCCCUUAAUGCAUUAUAUAGGUUUGAUAAUUAUGGCAAGUACUAUUAUGUUAUUCGUUUUAAUGUAUUAUAUGGAAUAUACUACAACUAAAGUAAAAGAUUUAAAAUAUACGGCCGAUGUAAAUUUUAUGCUUGAAAUAAAUAUACCCCAAAGCAUAAAACAACGUAUACAUACGGGUAAUAAUGCUGAAUUAUAUACUAACCGUCAGAAGCUGAAUAUGACCUAUAUGUAUACCGUGCACGAUGAAUUUAUGGAUUAUCUAUUAUUCCAGCAAUAUUAUCUCAAACAUCCAAUUGCCCGUAAACUAGAUGAGGCUUUAUUCUAUCGUCCACUUUAUGUAACCGUUCCCCAUCGUUCCCCUUUAAUUGAUCAUCUUAAUAAAUAUUUAAUGCGUAUAUUUGAAAGUGGUUUGGUGCAAAAGUUUCUUAUGGAUACAAAGUGGGAUGGUGUAUUGAGCGGCAAUAUAAAACUUAUGUUCGAUAUAGAAUUGGAGAAACCUUUAAGUUUGAAGUAUUUAUAUUAUGGUUUUGCAGUUUGGAUUUGUGGUUUGCUGUGUGCUCUCAUAACAUUUGUAAUUGAGUAUGAGAUUUUUGCCUUUAAAGAUGGCAGACGUCCAUGGAAGUGGAUCAAUAGAGUUAAUGAAUUUAUGUUUAAGUUAUAA